ACCACCUGCACCACAAACGAAACAUGAGCAUCAAUGUGCUACCUGUAAGACCUCGUAUAUUAUGUUUGAUUGGUGCGAGAAGCGCGAGCAGAUGGAAACGCAUUUCGGGCGUCUCCAUCCUUCGGCACUCAUUUUCUACCACGACAUAUCAAAUGGAUCAGCUCUCAUAUUAUUGUGGUAUUGAUGCCGAGCCUCUGCAUCGCUAUGGAGAAGGUGGCUAUCAUCCUACUCUAUUAGGGGAUGUUUUGAAAGAUGGCCGAUACAGAAUAUUGCAUAAAUUAGGCUGGGGUGGGUAUUCGACAGUCUGGGCUGCAAGAGAUCUAAGGGAACAUAAAUAUGUUGCAUUAAAAAUCUCCGCCGCAGAGAAGAGGCAACAAAGCCAAGAAGUCGACGUUAUGCGCACCUUAGCAGCAGCGACUCGAACCGAUCAGCCUGGAUCGCAUCAUCUCAUGUCAAUGCUGGAUAAUUUUCAGUUAGAAGGCCCAAAUGGAAGUCACGACUGCUUUGUGCUGGAGAUGCUAGGGCCAAGCGUUUCUGACCUGGUUGAGACGCGUAUGUCCGACGAAAGACUCCCAGGUAAACUUGCGAAAACCAUUGCGAAACAGGCUCUUCUUGGCCUAGAUUAUUUACAUCAACAGAAAAUUGGACAUGGAGAUCUACACAUUCGUAACUUGGCUUUCACAAUCCCUUCUGUGGAUUCGCUGAAUGAGGAGCAGUUCUGCAAAAAAUUGGGCAAACCUGAAACGGGGAUGGUAAGAAGAAAGGACGGAAAGCCACUAGAUCCCGGCGUGCCUCAGUACCUCGUUAGGCCUUUUUCUUAUCCGGCAGAUUCUUCGCUAUUUUCCAGCCCGAUUAAGAUUAUAGACUUUGGCGAGGCUUUCCUGAGCAAUGAUACUCCUAGAACACUUCACACACCACUCCCUAUUCGAGCGCCCGAGAUCAUAUUCGGAGAGAAAUUGGACUAUCGCGUGGACAUGUGGAGUAUGGGCUGUCUGCUGUUUGAGCUCGUAGUCGGUCAACCGCCGUUUGACAGCAUCAUGACAACGCCUACAGUCCUUGUCCGCCAAAUGCUGGAGAUGUGCAGUGACGAUCUACCAGAACGAUGGCAACAGUCAUGGCGCGCCAUAGACAACAAAGCCGCGGGAGAAAACUCGAAUUAUACACUCCAACAAUGGUUGGAAGAAAUGUACUUUGAUGGCGAAAGAAACGAGGAUUUGACUCGAGACGAUAUAAUAAAAGUAGGCGAACUUGUUGGGGGGAUGCUACGAUUUGAGCCUUCCACAAGGACGUCAGCAAGAGAGGUCCUGCAGGAUCCCUGGUUCAAUGGAGAAUAG